CACCAUUAAAUCUCUAAUAGAGCUUGUAUCCUUGUGCUUAUAGUAUUUGACUUCCUUCCUAAAAUCAAAACAACAUGUAAAGUCACUGGUUGUAUCUCUUCCAAAAUCCUCCAUGGCUUUCUUCUUCAUGUCUCUCAAGCGUUAAUUUUGACUAUGUUCUUGUAUAUGUUGAGAAUAUCAUCAUGUUAAGAAAGGGCUUGACAAGAUUUCAAUGGCGUUAAUUCUGCAAGUCUGCAACUGGCAGAAAUUCCCAGAUGUAAUCCAAUGCCAAUUGAAGUCUGAAUCUUUUUCGCCUCAAAAAGGCUAGCCCACAAAAGGAAAAAAAAUCUUGCCUUCUUUGCCUGAUUCAGAUUCUAUAGCCCAUUCUGUGGGUGUGAGAGCUUUUGCCCAGUAUGUAAGAUCAAUUUUUUUCUUGGAACCCAAGUAAUUGUAACUCUUGCCUGUUCUUCUGUUCCAGAUCCCAUUUCCCAGUUUAGUCUAUUAGAGUGAUCAUGUAGGUCUAUGAAAGCAAUUCACCAGUUAGAUGGAAUAUCAGAUUUUAUCUUUCCUAUUUUUAGCUAUGGAGUUCAAGUAAUUGUAACUCUUGGCUGUUCUUCUGAUUGAGAUCCCAUAUCUCGUUUUAUUGUAUUAGAGUUGUCAUGUAGGUCUGUGAAAAGAACUGGCCAGUUAGAUGUAAUUAUAUCAGAUUUUUUCUUUUCUGUUUUUAGCUAUGGAGUUCAAGUAAUUGCAACUCUUGGCUGUUCUUCUGAUCCAGAUCCCAUAUCUCGUUUUAUUGUAUUAGAGUGGUCAUGUAUGUCUGUGAAAAGAACUGGCCAGUUAGAUGUAAUUAUAUCAGAUUUUUUCUUUUCUGUUUUUAGCUAUGGAGUUCAAGUAAUUGCAACUCUUGGCUGUUCUUCUGAUCCAGAUCCCAUAUCUCGUUUUAUUGUAUUAGAGUGGUCAUGUAUGUCUGUGAAAAGAACUGGCCAGUUAGAUGUAAUUAUAUCAGAUUUUUUCUUUUCUGUUUUUAGCUAUGGAGUUCAAGUAAUUGCAACUCUUGGCUGUUCUUCUGAUCCAGGUCCCAUAUCUCGUUUUAUUCUAUUAGAGUGGUCAUGUAGGUCUGUGAAAGUAAUUGGCCAGUUAGAUGUAAAAUCAAAUUUUCCUUUGUGUCUUCAGUCAUAGAGUCCAAGUAAUGCUUGAACAUGGAAUUUCUUUUCCCGAUUGCCCAAGUCUUUGAAUAUAUGUUCCCUCUUACCCCAGAAUUUAACUGAGAAGAUUUUAUAUUCUUUUACUAGGAUGGCUAAAUGAAUAUUGAACUUCGACUAACACAAAUACAAAAGAUUGUAUUAUACAAAGCCUUCUUAGAUUGUAAUCAGAGAGCUCUACUGUAGCCUUACAAAGUGAAUUUGAAUUUUGUCUAUAAUUUUGGAGGUUCCAAAAUAAAUUAUGGAAAUCCAAUCUCAACUUUCAUAAAUCUGUUAUAUUUUUUUUAAUAAGUCUAUAUUAUCAUUUGUAAGACAUUCCACUGUACACGGUCAAGUGUCAAAUACAAGAGUUUACAAUUCCCUUCUGUGUCUUACUCUACCUUGCAAUGGAGGAGACAUUUGUACCAUUUCGAGGGAUCAAGAAUGAUCUUAAAGGAAGACUACUGUGUUACAAGCAAGAUUGGACCAGUGGCUUCACUGCAGGAUUCAGGAUCCUUGCCCCCACAACUUACAUAUUCUUUGCAUCAGCAAUUCCAGUGAUAUCAUUUGGGGAACAACUGGACAGAAACACAAAUGGUGUUUUGACUGCAGUUCAAACAUUGGCAUCUACUGGACUCUGUGGAAUCAUACAUUCCUUUUUGGGUGGUCAUCCAUUGCUGAUUCUCGGAGUAGCUGAGCCAACUGUGCUUAUGUAUACAUUUAUGUUCAACUUUGCCAAAAACCAGAAGGAUUUGGGCCCCCAUUUGUUUUUGGCUUGGGCAGGAUGGGUAUGUGUCUGGACUUCAUUUUUGUUGAUUUUGUUAGCAAUCCUGGGUGCAUGCUCAAUCAUCAAUAGGUUUACCCGCGUAGCCGGUGAACUUUUCGGUUUGCUGAUUGCAAUGUUGUUCUUUCAAGAGGCUAUUCGUGGUCUUGUUGAUGAGUUUCGUGUCCCAGAUGGGGGAAAUCUAAAACUUGAGCAGUUCCAACCCUCAUGGCGUUUUGCGAAUGGAAUGUUUGCGUUGGUUCUCUCAUUUGGACUUCUAUUGAGUGGACUACGGAGCCGCAAAGCCCGAUCUUGGCGUUUUGGGACAGGGUCACUGAGAGGUAUUAUUGCCGAUUAUGGAGUACCAUUGAUGGUUCUUGUGUGGACUGGAGUUUCAUAUGCUCCUGCUAAGCAUGUUCCAAGUGGAAUUCCCCGGCGUCUUUUCAGUCCUAAUCCAUGGUCACCUAAUGCCUAUGCCAACUGGACAGUUGUUAAGGAUAUGCUUGAUGUACCAGUCAUAUAUAUCAUUGGAGCAUUUAUUCCAGCUACAAUGAUUGCCGUGCUUUACUAUUUUGACCAUAGCGUGGCAUCCCAGCUUGCCCAACAAAAAGAAUUCAAUUUGAAGAAGCCAUCUUCAUUUCAUUAUGACUUGCUUCUGCUGGGAUUUUUGACUAUUUUAUGUGGUCUACUUGGCAUACCGCCUUCAAAUGGUGUUAUUCCUCAAUCUCCCAUGCACACUAAAAGUUUAGCUACUCUCAAACAUCAGUUGUUGCGCAAAAAGUUAGUAAGAACAGCUCAUGAAAGCAUUCGGGCUAAUUCAAACUUAGGGGAGUUAUAUGGACGCAUGCAAGAAACUUACCAGCAAAUGCAAACUCCAUUGGUGUACCAGCCUCCACCUACCUGGGCACUUAACCAAUUUAAGGAUACCACAAUUCAGUUAGCCACAAGUGCUGGAACUAUAGAUGCUCCAGUUGAUGAAUCAGUUUUCAAUGUUGAGAAGGACAUAGAUGAGCUUCUACCCAUUGAAGUUAAGGAACAAAGGCUUAGUAACUUGUUGCAAGCUACCAUGGUGGUUUGUUGUCUUGGUGCAAUGCCUGUGCUUAAAAAGAUCCCAACUUCUGUCCUUUGGGGUUACUUUGCUUUCAUGGCCAUAGAGAGUUUGCCUGGAAAUCAAUUCUGGGAAAGAAUACUGCUUGUGUUCACUGCUCCAAGCCGUAGAUUCAUGGUUCUGGAGAAGCAUCAUGCUUCAUUCAUUGAAACAGUGCCUUUCAAAACAAUUGUGAUGUUUACCAUAUUCCAGACAUGCUAUUUACUGGCUUGUUUUGGCAUAACCUUGAUUCCCAUAGCUGGUUUGCUUUUUCCAUUGCUUAUAAUGUUGUUGGUCCCCAUAAGACAGUACGUUCUUCCAAGGUUUUACAAAGGACCACAUCUUCAAGAAUUGGAUGCAGCUGAGUACGAAGAGUCACCUGCAAUACCAUUCGACACAACACAUAGUGACGCUGGUGGGUCAAAAGCAGAUGAAGCUGAAAUUUUGGAUGAGAUGAUUACAAGAAGCCGUGGUGAAAUUAGACACACACAUAGUCCAAAGAUAACUAGUACAAGUGAAAGCACACAGCCUGGUGAAGCUUGGAAUGCUUUAAGUCCACGUCUUGCAGAAUCUGAUCGAGCAUAUAGUCCUCGUAUCAAUCAGCUCAGACAUAUGCAUAGGGGAGAUGCAUCAGUAGUGAACCCGAAUAUGUCACCUUUAAAAAUCAUACCCGGUAGUUUUGAAUAACUCAUAAUUUCUCUUGUAGGUUAUUUGAUGGGUUGGCUAUUUGUCUAUGCCAAUGUAUCAGUGUGUUUUUGUCAUAGAAGUUUAGUGAAUUGUCUUUUAAGUCAUGUUUUGUUAA